AUGAUAAAUAUCCCAAAAAUUAACAACAAUAACAUCAAUCACAUAAAGAUAAAGAGCAGAAAUACCAAUAUAUAUAGUGGUUCAAGUACUAGCAAUAGUAAUAAAAAUAGAUCACUAUCUAUUCUAGAUCAACAGCAUACUAAAAGUGAAGAUCUGACAACAGAGGCUACAUUCAAUAACAAUGGAAGAAGAAGAAGAUCCUCCUCUUUGAAUAUUCUAUCUAAGGAUUUAAUAAAACUAAGAAAAAAUUCCUCUUUUAUCAGUACUACAAGGAAAGUAGAUCAUCUUAAAAAGUCUUCACCAUAUUUUUGCAAGGAUGUAGGUAAAAGCACAAAAUUAAAUGGAUAUUACGAUGACGAACAAUAUGAAUCGGAAGAAUCGGAGGAUUACGAUGAUGAAUAUUUUGACGACCAUUAUUUUUAUAACAAUAGUUAUGAUAACGGUACAGUGUGUCCAUCUAUCUAUUCAAGUUACGGUGAUGAAAAUGAAGAAGACGACCAUAAUUUAAGUUUGGAAUUUGGCAAUGUUUCCAAGAUACGGUCUGGGACUAAUAUUGACAAUAGCAAUACUAGUUUAAGUAACAAAACACCUAAAAUUGGGGGGAAGAGAGGAGGAGGAGGAGGAGGAGGAGGAAGAAGAAGUGGAAGAAGAAGAAGAAGAAGAAGCACUUCUGAUAGUAUGGAUACCGCUUGUACUAGCUGUAUUCAAUCUUUGACACCUUCUUUGAGUUCCAUACUUUUAUCCCAAAAACAAAAUUAUAGAUAUAAACAAAAAAAUGGUAAUAAUGAUAGUGAUGUCGCUAUUACUAGUUUCUGUGGUAUGACAGAUAUUACCACUUCAAAAUCAUUAAAUGGACCUAAAAGAGCUGUAUCCACUUGUACAAGUGAUUGCAGUACUAAUAGUUUGAGGAGAGUUAAAUCCCAAAUAAGUAUAGUUCAAGAUAUAAACGCACAUCCUUUACUCGCCCUACCUUUACCAACCUGCUCAAAAAGAGUGUUACCAUCAGCGGAAAAGAUUGCUAUUAAUGACCCCUUAUUAGCACAAGAGUCCCAAAAACACGAUUCGCUUGAUUGUAAUACUGAUGGUAGUAACAAUUUUAAUUCUGCUGGUAGUCAUUGUAACGUACCAGAUUUAAAGGUCUAUAAUAUGGAAGACCUAGAUUUGCAUACUGAACUUGAUGCCAAUGAUAUAAUACAGUUUUAUGAUCCUAUUAUUACUAUAAGGUCACCCGUUAAGAAUGGAAAAAAUAGUAAUAAACAUGGUGUUACUAUUGGCACCGCUGCUAUUAGUACUGCUGCUCCUAUACAUGUAAGUACUAGUGGUAAGAGGUACAUUGAAUUAAAAUUAACUGAUACUGCUAAUUCUGAUACGAAAAUAGGUAGAGUUAUGGAUGCGUUAGAGGAAAAUAAUGACAACGAAGUAAGGGUAGCUCCGCUGUCGCUAUCAUCUAAUAACGGCAACAGCGCUAAUAAUACUAAACAAAAACAUUGUGAUCAGCCGCAACAGAGACAUCAGUCUUUAUCACCCCAUUUUAUGAAAUUGUAUGCUAUCGAACAAUAUUGUAAAAGUAAUAAUAUCAUUCCAGAUUUGACAGUUGAUGAAACAUUAUUAUCGCAAUUGUCAACAGAUGAAAUUAAACAGUUGGAUAUACCUUUGCCUGCAGAGACUAAAACAACUGAAAAUGAUGAGCAAUAUACUGGUUUAAUUAAACUGUCUUUGAUUACUAGAAAAAAGCUGUGGUGCGAUAUGAUUAAAAAUAAUAGACAGGAUAUGUUUGGUGGUAGCAAUUUGCCUUGGAAUAAAGAAUUUGUAUAUCUUGAUAAUGGAGAUAUUUCUAAUACCAAUAUUGGUGACAAAAAUAGUACUACCAUGGUAAGAUUAAAGUCCAACAUACUACCAUGGCACCAACCAGUUUAUACGGCCCCUACCAAUCCUACUGGUGUCAAUAGUAAUGCCCAUUGUAAUGAUACUCAAUGUAUAAAUUUCUGUAUUUCCCCUACUGCUGCCGGUGUUGAUAACAACAAAAAUAAUAGUGGUAAUAGUGUGUGUACCUGUAUGAUAAAACCCUGUGGUAGGUUAAGUAAGGGUAAAAUACAAUAUGUUGUUAAAGGAUGGUGUGAUAAAAGGUUUGUAUCAUAA